AAGCUUUGAAUUAGUGCGUCUCUUGCUCACGAACCGGCAUAGAGGUACAUUGUGUUACUGGAUGCCUCAAAACUUACUUUGUAGUUACUGUAGUGAAGGACUCACGAUGUUCUAUUUAAGCGGUCUAUAUGUAGCGGUAACUCUUGCUUUGGUACCCAGUGUUAAUGCUUUAAAAGACGGAGAGUGUGAAGUGUGUGUAAGUUUCCUGGGAAGAUUUUAUCAGUCACUGAAAGACGGUGAAGUCAAGUUCAACAGUGCAGAAAUUGAAAAAGCUUUCCUGAAAACAUGUAAGGAUGCAAAGGGGAAGGAGAACAGACUGUGUUACUACAUAGGAGCAACGAGUGAUGCAGCCACUAAGAUGAUCAAUGAGGUUUCGAAGCCCAUGAGUUACCAUGUGCCAGUUGAGAAGAUCUGUGAUAAGCUCAGGAAGAAAGACAGUCAAAUCUGUGAGCUUAAAUAUGAGAAAGAGUUGGACCUAAGCACAGUGGAAUUGAAAACACUGAAGGUGAAGGAGUUGAAGAAAAUCCUAGAACAUUGGGAUGAGACGUGUAAAGGAUGUGUUGAGAAGACCGACUUCAUCCGCAAAAUCGAGGAACUCAUGCCUAAAUAUGCUCCAAAUGCAGCCAAGGCACGGACAGAAUUUUAAUGUAACUCAUUUAGUUGAAAUUAUUCUUUGGGAGAAGCAAAACGUACUGUGGCCUGGUGAGCACAUCCCAGAAUUUUCUGAACCCUACCGUCUUGCAGAUCUUUUCCAGAAAUGGUCUCCUGUUUGAAUGAGGUUGAAAGUUUUGCUAAAUGUGUUUGAUUUGUAUCAUGAUCUAUGCUGUACAAAACAUAAGUUUAUCCCAGUUGUACUAUAAUUUUUCAUUAAAACCAUAAAAACUCUACAAUGUACUAGAGUCAUUGUGACUGAAGGUGUGACUAGUCCGCACAGUACCACCAGACAAGUGUUGUAUGUUGUCACAGGGACUUUUGUUUUGUUUUGGAUGUGGCCUAUAUACGUUGUAUAUAACCAUCCACCCCAGUCUUUUUUUGUAAUUGUAUAUUACAUAUGGGUAGUUGACAUCUGGCCAAGAAAAAGUGCUUUUUUUGGAAAACAUCAUUUUUUAAGAAAAAAAUUAAAUAUUUAUGUAGUAUGGAAACUGUAGUUUCAGAAAAUAAUAGUGGUCACUCAUUUCGUCAAUGACCUCACCUAUUUUUUUCCACAUUUACACUCGUCUGCACUGUGAAUGUGUCCUAUGGUGUGACAUUUAAAAAGUACUAAGAAAUGAUAUUGAAUAACAUUAAACAAAUACAUGAAACAGAAUUGUUCACAUUAUUAAAUCAUGUUUUUCGAUAUUUAUUUCACAUAAAAGUACUAAUUACAAUCAUUUUCACCAUGAAUAGAUGAACUUGAUUGACUUUUUCCUAUGAAUGUCGAUACAUUUUUUUCCACCGCCAACCUUAAAAAACUGUUUGAGAUUGUACCUAUCUAAGAGGAGAUAAUAUUGGAGCUCCCCUAAUGCCAAACCUGGCCUUUAAAAAAAAUAAAUUUUGAAAUUAAGGAUGUUUUUCUGUUGUUUUAUGCUUGUCACACUAUUGGACAAAAUGUCACACCGAAGGACAAA